AAAAAAAAAAUAUCUUCAAACCCUAUGCUUCAAGAGUGAAUUCCAGGAAGAAAAAGGAAUUAAAAAGAAAGGAGAGAAAUCAUGAGUGCAGAUUGGGGACCAGUGUUCGUCGCGGUAGGCUUGUUCAUCCUCUUAUCGCCGGGGUUGCUGUUCCAGCUGCCGUCGAGGACUCGAGUGAUAGAGUUCGGAAACAUGUGCACAAGUGGGAUAGCCAUCCUAAUUCAUGCCAUAAUAUACUUCUGCAUAAUCACCGUCUUGGUCAUUGCAAUUGGUAUUCACGUGCAUCUCGAGUAAUCGAUCAUUGCCAUUGGUUUCAUCCUCUUUC